GCAAAGGAUACAGCGCUUGUGUAGCUAGUCGAUCAUGGCAGUAUGUGUGGAGGACGUUGCGAACAUGAAAUUUUCAACAGUGCGUGUGCAUAGCGGCUGUAACUUCCAGCAAAAUUACGCAGCUGAACAUUUGAAAGGUCUCUAACUAGGGGAAUCGUGAUUCCUUCGUGUUUGUCAUCCACAUGAGAAAGAAGAAAAUGUGGCGCGAAGCGCACCCUCAGGCUGCUGCAAACGCUGCAAAUCACAGGCAACCAAUAAAAUCACGGAAAAUUGCAUGAACCGCGAGCUGGCACAUAUUGUAACCGUGAACGGGAUAUGACGACUGAAGACGACAUGGGAGAUAGUCGACAAAGCUGACAAAGCCGCAUGGCUGGUCGGGGCAUAGAUCUACGCACAGCCACAGAGCCUCUUGCGGCCAAUUACCAAAUAGGGCUAGGUUCACUUGACUCUGGAAUGCCGACGAGAAGCACGGAGUCUAACACGACAUCAUCUGCUACGUUGACCGAUACGGCAUACGGCUGAUCCUUUUUUCAGUCAUGAAGUUCAAGCGGUAGUCGCACAUUUCAGCCCCAAUGAAUGGCGUUCGACCCGUUCACCCAGAGCCCAGCCAUGGGGACAAGAAGAAAAGAAACUACAAACUUUUGGUUGAUCCUGCUAUGAAAAAGGGUGCAACCAAGCUUUACAGAUACGAUGGAAUUGUACCUGGGCAAGAAAACCUUCACCCUCCAGUUCACGUUCGUGACCCCCGCUCCCGUCUUGCAUUACUUUGGGCCAGAACUGAAGCCGCUGAUCUGCCAGUGCCCAAGUUCAAGAUCGAUGAGCACUACGUCGGCAUUCCGCCACCGUUGGAAGUGACAAUGACCAAUCUCAACGACAACAUUGGCAAGGGCUUUCUAGAUGACCUGCUCAAGAAGUUUGGCCAAGUAGAUGAGUCCACGGUGUAUUACCAUUCACGGACGCGGAAGCACUUGGGUCUGGCACGGGUAGUGUUUUCAACAACGCAGGCCGCUCGCUACUGUGUGGAGAAGCUCCACCUCUCCUCGGUUAUGGGAAACAUACUCACUGUUUUCUUUGACCCGUUUGGUCGGGAAUGCCAGAGGCUGUACGAGGAACUAUCGUCCGAGAAACCCAAGUUCGACGACCGCCUGUUGUUUGCACCGGAACCCCGUCCAGUUUCCGUUCCACCGCAGCCACCACCGCCUUCUGUGCCAGCGUCUCAGAGGACCCCGUACGCGGAUUCGUACGGACACGCUGCUGUGACGGCCGAGUACAACUACAGCAACCACUCGGACUACGGCACGGGAAGUUAUCGUUCGAACCAGUCCACACCUCUCAGCUACGACAGCGGGUAUUCCUAUUCUUCGCAACAACAGCAACAACAACAACAACACUUCGUAGCACCCCCUCCACCUUCCUCGUGGGAUGUCAGCCACGGCACGGGGCCCUCGUGGGGUACGGCGGACGGGGUGCACCAGUGGCCGUGGGACCCUCACAGGGGUACGCCCCCCGAAGCAGUUCCCCCGAAGCAGAGCCCUGCUCGGGAAAGCUUGGACAGUCGUAUCGAACUACUACUAAAGCAGACAGAAGGACGGGGAAGUUUCUUGGAUGCGGGAUCUGCUUUUGGGAGCCCACCUUUUGAGAUGGGACAACAGGACGCGACGUUUCAGAAGACGACGAGUCAAAGUGUGCCACAAGACGUCGACCUUGCACCUCCGCCCCUUCCUCCAGACUCCUCUCCUUUGCCUCCUCUCCCAGAAAGGGACGAGGUUCCACCUCCGCCUCCCGAAGAGGACGAGGACACGUUUGAAGUGUUGUCCACUCCGCCGUCACCUUUCCUGUCCCACGAGGAAUAUCACAAGUGGGCGCAGGUAACGAGAGAACUGAAGGACAUUGUGUCAGACUCUGAGCAGGAUGACCAGCGGGCGAUGACAAUGUCAAACGACGAUGGGAAUCAUUCGUCGCCAAGUGCGUGUGACUCUACGCCCGUCCAUGACGAACUGCCGGAGCCUCCUGAUGAAAACAUGAGUGUCGGAGCAGCGGAUGAUGACUGCAUGUCUCUCUCGUCGUUGAGCAGCGGUGAAGAGAAGCUGGAAGUGAACGCACCUCUUCCGCUUCCUCCAACUGCCCAACCACCUCCUCCCUACGUUGGACAGGACCCUGCCAUACCUGGUUAUCCCACGUUGUACCCUUCAGCACCUCCACCACCCCAUCCACCCCCCCACCCCCCACCGCCACCCACUCAUCCUCCCCCGCCUUCCCAUCCUCCCCCUCCAACUUACUCCCCAGCCCAUCCCAUGUACCCGAGUCAAGAAGUGCAGAUGAUGGCGCAAAUGGGAAUAUGGAAGCCCGGCAUGGGAUCAGGGAUGCAGGGUAGUGUCAGUGGUGCCAAUGCUUCUCCGUCGAGGCCGGCGCAGGGUUCGGGGGCAUACGCCUACAUGCCGCCCAUACCUCCUCCGUUCAACCCGAACUAUCCGCCCCCUCCGCUUCCUGGAGCGUACCCUACGUCCACACCUCCGGCCUACGUCAACCCACCUCCCUAUUACGACGCUUCGUUAGUGUAUCGGGACUACAGAGUGCCUCCCGCGUCUCCGUGCCGCUGGUACGGUGCCACGAAUAGGGUGGCACCGACGAGUCCGAUGGGUCCGCCCGGGACGGGUGACCGGCACACCCCGACUGUGCGUGCAGUGUUGGAUGCACUCGUGACGGAACUCAAGGAGAUAGUGAAACGGGAUCUUUGCAAACGUAUGGUGGAGAACUACGCUUUUAAGCGCUUUGAGACCUGGUGGGACGAGCAGGUGUCUGCUGCUUCUAAGUCAAAGUCUGCAGAAGUUGCUGCACCCAGGGAACAGCCGCAACCUGCGACAUCGUCUCUAUCUUCCUUGUUCGACCAAAACCGUGGUGAUAGUUUCUCUAUAGGCGAUGGACUGGGCUUUGGCUUUGGACUUCGGGCUGCCAUGCCCAGAAUGCCAUCCUUCCGUAGGAUCAGAAAGCCACCCUCUCCUCCUCCGCUGGAUGAUGAAGACAGUAAAAAGCCAGACGACUCGGAUGGUGAACAGGACAAGUUAUCAGAUUCUAACAGUGGUUCUCCAAGGAGACGAAGGCGACCAGUAGUGGAGGAGGAACGUAGCUUACAGGAUAGCGAAAGUGAGAAAGGAGAUUCAGAUUCAGAGUCUGAGCAAGAUGAGAGCUCGGAGUCCGAGAGUAGUUCUGAAGCUUCUGAAUCUGGAGAGGAGUCUGAAUCCGAGACAGACUCUGAGGUUGAAAUUGACACCAAGGUGGCCGUUAGUGACGAUGAAAAGUAUGAUAGACUGAGUGACAGUGACCUCGAAGAUGUGUCGUCUGCGUCCGACUUUGGAGAGCCGGCAGAGGAGACCGACAUUGAGAAAACUGCAUUGCAGAGGAAAGAGACCGCAGAGCCGGACAGCGCACCAGUGCCUGCUGUAAAGAAGUCUCCCAUUUAUUCCUCCUCUUCCUCCUCCUCCUCUGCUGAAGAGGAGGAGGAGGAGGAAGAAGAAGAAGAAGGGGAAAUAAAGUCUGACGCUGAGGAAGGUGAGGAACCCAUGGAAAUUGCAGAGUCCCCAGUGAAAGAGAGGUCUUCUGAAGUGAGUGGUGUGCCGGACUAUGAAAAGCCCAAGCACGAAAAAUCCAAACCCCGUAACAGCGAGCUGGCGGAGGCGGAAUCAACGAACGAUGGGCCAUUGGCCAGCAAUUUAGAGUACGAGGCUUCAGAAGCCCUCAUGGCCCUGGCCUCUGGCUUUACGGCCCCAGGUGAUGAGGAGCCAGAAACCAAAGCAAAACGGAGAGAGGAGCCGCUCGUUAAUGGUGAGGUGACAGUAGCGAAGCACGACAUUGAUGUGAAAGAGGCACCAGAGGAGGAAGAAGAGAGCAUACCUAAUCAUCUCAUAUACGACCACUGCUACUGCCUGCCCCAACAAGAAACGAAGGCGGCCGCAGCUACUGUUGCUGCAGACCAUGAGUACACUCGCCCACGCGGCUCCUCGCCACCGCGUGAGCAGGAGCCUAAAAAGGUGACAAAGCCACGAAAGACCCUGCGUGAACAGCUUAGGUUUGAAGUUCCGUACGAGAGGAUUACAGCGCCACCUGUGUUUAUGAAGCGUAAUGUGGUCGAGGAAAUGAACAUUCUCUACGAGUUCCUCAAGACCGGUGUUGAUGCGGAGGAUGUACAGUACCUGAAGCGUAGCUACGAUGCUAUGCUACAAGAUGAAAUCCAAGGUUAUUGGUUGAACGACACCCAUUGGGUUGAUCAUUCUCCUAGCAACAUCCCGAAUCCAAGCAAAAAGAAAAAGAAAGAGGAGUUGCGGGUCCAUGCCACAGGGUGCGCACGCAGCGAAGGCUACUAUAAGAUGGACAGCAAAGAGAAAGCUCGGUUUAAGCAUUCCGGAAGCUGUGUACCUCAGCAUGAAUCUCAGGAUCCCACCAGCAAGGCUCGUAUAGCAGCUCAAUCCAGCAGGGAAGCAAGAUCAAAUCAGCGACGGCUCCUCACCUCUUUCGGUGAAGCGGAGGUAGUCAGCGACUUGUUGAAAUUCAACCAGCUCAAGUUCCGCAAGAAGCAGCUCAAGUUUGCCAAGAGUCGCAUCCAUGACUGGGGACUGUUUGCCUUGGAGCCCAUCGCGGCAGAUGAGAUGGUGAUAGAAUAUGUGGGCCAGAUGGUGCGCCCUGUCAUGGCAGACCGCCGUGAACAACAGUACACACAACUGGGCAUUGGAAGUUCUUACUUGUUCAGGGUGGACAUUGAGACUAUCAUUGAUGCAACCAAAUGUGGCAACCUGGCACGUUUUAUCAAUCACAGUUGCAAUCCUAACUGCUAUGCCAAAGUCAUCACCGUAGAAGGGCAGAAAAAGAUCGUCAUCUACUCGAAACAACCCAUCAACGUCAACGAAGAGAUCACAUAUGACUACAAGUUCCCCCUGGAAGAUGAGAAGAUCAAGUGCCUCUGUGGAGCACCACAGUGUCGAGGGUAUCUCAACUAAUGUCCAGCAGUUCAUGUACAGUGUAUAUAGUUCAUCACAAAAAAGGACUCUCCAGGGGCAGUUCCUGUACUAUGGGUGUGGCACCACUGCUUGUGUUUGGAAGGCACCUGGCAUUCAUGUGACAGAACAGAGUUGUCACUGUAUAUAAUAUCAACCAUCAUGAAGCACUUUUAACCUCUUUUCGGACAUUGUACAUUUCCCCCCCCCCCCAACACACAUACAGCUCGUAAUAAAGUCCCAGCACUUCGCACAAAGUGCACAUUUUAAAGGCUGGAUACCUUCUGCACCCAGGGGCUUUCUAAAUUUCCUUCCAAUUUUUUUAUAUUUUUUUUAUGUCUCUUGACAUUGCAUGGUUUCUGCUUGAGCUGACUUUUUUCUUUUUUGUAAAUUAAGUCAUGGAAGUUUCCCUUGUGCUGGAAAUAAAUCAGUGCUACAGUCGAUUUUGUACAUUGCAAGAAAUUGAACGUGUUGCCGUGCGUAAAAAUGUGGAAAUGUAAUAAAAAAAUAUAUUUUUGA